AUGACUGACAUGGCUUCGACAUCUGCUGGAGCGCUUCGUGCGCUGGCGAUGGAGUUGAAGAACAUCGAGUCGCAGCCGUUAGAAGGUUUCACUAUAUCAGCCAGUGAUGACAAUUUGUUCGUCUGGACUGUAGGCAUUUAUGGUCCUCCAAAUACUCUGUAUCAGGGAGGAUAUUUCAAAGCUGUGAUACGUUUCCCACCAAAUUAUCCUUACUCACCCCCAUCAAUGAAAUUUCUCACAAAAGUCUGGCAUCCAAAUGUAUAUGAGAAUGGCGAUCUUUGCAUUAGCAUCCUUCAUCCUCCUGUUGACGAUCCACACAGUGGCGAGUUGCCUUGUGAAAGAUGGAAUCCAACUCAAAGUGUAAGAACUAUUUUGCUGUCCGUAAUUUCAUUGCUGAACGAGCCAAACACUUCCUCGCCAGCAAAUGUGGACGCUUCUGUUAUGUACCGAAAAUGGAAGGAAGGAACAGAUAUGAAUUAUGCUGAUAUCAUCAGAAAACAGGUUGAGCUCUCAAAGGAGGAGGCUCGAAAGGAUGGUGUCACUGUUCCGGAAACCCUUGAAGAGUACUGCAUAAAAUUCCAUCCGCAAAGUUGUGAAGACCAAACGAUGGAGUUACUCGAUCUAGAUGACGACAUGUAUGACUACGGAGAGGACGAAAGUGAUGACGACGGCGACUAUGCUGACGAGGACGAGGACAGCGGGCAAGGGGAGAACUAA